GGGCCAAAUAUAUGACUUUCCCGCUUCAGCAGUCAUCCUAAUGACAGCAUCCUGAAAUGCAUGGCAUCUCCAAGGUUAAAUGUGAUCAUUUACAAGCACAAAAGACUCACAUGAUAAUGCAUCAUUGCUCAUGCACCAAUAAAUAUUUAAACAAGAUUAAUAAUUAAAUAAAUAAUGAAUAAUGCAUAAUUGAACAAUUCUCGAACUGUCAAAUGAAUAAAUGAAGGUGAAAAAAUCCAUAAAACAUGCAUGAUCACAUUCAGUGGCUACAUCUGCACAAUAUACAGAAGCCUCCUGAGUAACACUAGUGCACGACACAUACACAGUAUUAACACACUGCAAUACACACAGUAUUAACACACUGCAAUGACAACACGGCCAGAAUGUAGGGAUAUUUGGCAAGUGGCCAGGUUUUCUUCCAGAUACCUUCAAGCUGGAAGAACCUCUUGAGAUACCAUUGGUUCAGGGAACCGUGUUUCCACAAAGCCUCGCCCCCUGAAACGCACAGAUCGAAUGAAAAGUUGUUUUUGCCUGAACUUGUUUUUUGCACUCAAUAAAAAGCCUGUGAUCUAAAAUGCUGUCUGCAGUUUGAACAGGUCGCUUGUUCGCGCUGAAUGCGCAAAAAAAAAAAAAAAAAAAAAUUUUAAGGAUCUGGAACAAGAUGAGUUUGUUUAAGGUGGAGGAUUUUUUAGCGGGAUGGAUAGGAGGUGCAUCCAGUGUGAUUGUAGGACAUCCACUUGACACAGUAAAGACACGUUUACAAGCUGGAAAAGGGUACAAGAAUGGCUUCCACUGUAUCCUAACCAUCUACAAAAAGGAAACUCUUACUGGCUUUUUUAAAGGCCUGUCCUUCCCAUUAGCAAGCAUCCCACUGUAUAACUCAAUGGUAUUUGGCUUGUUCAGCAAUAUUCAGAGAUUUAUUAGUGAUAUUCGUUAUGGUGACAGAAGACACCCUUGCAAUAUUCUUGACCUUACUGUGGCCAGCAUGGUGACUGGCCUCGUAUCAGUGAGCCUGGGGGCCCCAGUGGACCUGGUCAAAAUUAGACUGCAAAUGCAAACUCAACCCAUCCUCACACAAAACCUAACACUUGCUGGCAGUGGCAGCGUCCCUCUUCACUCAGUGGGACUGCAGCCUACAGAGUGUCCUGUAUACAGAGGACCUCUUCACUGCAUCAGCAGCAUCCUGCAGACUGAGGGAAUCCAAGGGCUGUACAGAGGAGCAGGAGCCAUGAUACUCCGUGAUGUGCCUGGUUAUGCCCUUUACUUUAUCCCAUAUACACUCUUGUGUGGCUGGAUGACCCCUAAUGGUAGCAGUUCCCCUCACCCCUGCUUCAUAUGGAUUGCUGGUGGGUUAGCAGGAUCUAUCUCCUGGGCCACAGCAACCCCAGCUGAUGUGGUUAAGAGUCGCCUGCAAGCUGACGCAAUGCACCAUAGAAAAUAUAAAGGAAUCAUUCAUUGCAUCUUACAGAGUUAUAAGGCAGAGGGAAUACAUGUCUUCUUCCGUGGUGCAUCAGUAAAUGCCAUCAGAGGAUUUCCAAUGAGUGCUACUAUGUUCCUGGGUUACGAAUUGUCCCUCAAGUUUUUCCAGAGUCUAAAAUAAGUGUCCAAAAUUCCACCUAACACAGCACCUGACUUUAUAAAACAUUAGUUUUUAUUUGUGUAGUACAUGUUACCUGGUUGUUGAUACUUUACUUUAGUAUCAAUUAAAAUUGUGCUUACUUCUUAUAUUAAGAAAAAUAUGAAGCAUAUGAAUUAAACAUGAUUUUACAAAUCUCAGAUUUCUAUCGGAACAUAUUAAUAUAUGUAUAUUUAAUAAUGUUGCUUUUGUUAACAUGCUUUCUUUAUAAAUGUUAUAGUAUAAGUGGCAG